GGGACGGAGCACCGAUAGUUGUCGAUAGGCGGACAGAGAACCAGAUGAUUGGCCUCGCAAUAAUGUAAAAAAUAAAUAAUUAGCUGUUUCCAAAUAAUCCAAAUUCCAAAUUCCUUGCACUACGAUCCACCGUGCGUGUGUUCGUCGCCGUGAAUGUGUGCGGGCAGUUUCGUUUCACGCGCCCCAAGCAAGUACAGCUGAAAAUUGAGAAGGAAAGCAAGAAAGAAAACCCCCCAAACUGAAAAUCGAGUGAAAGUUUUCUCAUCGUCUUUGUUUUGUAAUUGUGAUUUUCCUGCCUGCUGCCAGCGCUCAUUACUGGCAAUAUUGGAUCGACGUCGACAUAGUGUCGCUGCUGCGGGCGCGGGUGGCCGACGGCGACUAUAGCAACUACACCUUAUAGCUACUAUAAUACUAAUGCUAUACUCGCGGUCCCUAUUGUGAUUGUGUUAUAUAUUUAAAUCGACUCGAUUCGAAUCGAAUCCAAUCGCUGUCGUGGUCGCAGUCGCAUUCGCGUUUUCUGGGACUGCUGCAAAAGGCCUUGCGAUUUUCUGCGCCAGAUCAACUGCAUUGGCCGGCUCCGCGCAUAAACAAUGUGCGAUACCAAAGACGAUGCGCAGAAAUGGAAAUGUGAAACUUGCACCUACGAGAACUACCCAUCCUCGCUGAAAUGCACCAUGUGCCAGGCGUCCAAGCCGCUGCUCAACGAGGACAUCUUCCGUCUGAGUCCAGCCCAGGAGAGCUGCACCGUUGCGGAGGAGGCGGCUGCCGUCGAAGUAGCCGUAAUGUCGCCCACACCUUCGUCCACGUGCUACUCGCUCCAGCCGCAGAGCCAGGCACGGCAGAGCAACGUGGCGGACAGCGAAAAGUGGCCCUGCAAGGUGUGCACCUAUCUCAAUUGGCCGCGGAGCCUGCGCUGCGUUCAGUGCUGCACGAAGCGCGGUGGCGAGGCGAUAGAGCGUGGCAAAAAGGACAUGGAUAACGAGGCGGACGGGGAUCGUGCAGGAGAGGCGCUGCAAGCCCUUCGCAUCAGCGGCUCGGAGGAGAACCUGGCCAAUAAGCCGGUUCAGCUCAUCGGCGCCACGGCCUCCCAUCGUUUGAGCCUUAGUCGUGGCAUAGACGAUGCGACCCAUCUGAACAAUCUCGCCAAUGCGUCUCACAACCAGUCGCAGUCCCAGCACCGGCAGCCUGUCCUACAGCAGCAGAUGCAGCUCCAGCUGCAGCCGCAGCAACAGCGGGAAUCCUCAUCCUCCGCCGCCGUCCCGCCGCAGCAGCAGAAGCAGUGCUAUGUCUCCAAAUGGGCGUGUAACUCUUGCACUUACGAAAACUGGCCGAGGAGCAUCAAGUGCUCCAUGUGCGGCAAGACGAGGGAGCGGGAGAUUAGUGGGUCGCAGAACGACUUGCACGCCUCAUCCAGCCUAAACAGUCAGGAGGAGAAUCAGCAACAACUGCAGCAGCCAAACGUGGAUACCGUCAGCGUCAAUAACUCGUUCAAUAAGAAGCACAUUUACCAACUGGGUUCUUCGGAAACCAUCAACAACUGUGAUACGCUGCAAGAGCGUCAGGAGCGCCGCCAGCGUCAAAUCCGACGACAGGUGGACUGGCAGUGGCUGAAUGCGUGCCUGGGCGUCGUGGAGAACAACUACAGCGCUGUGGAGGCGUACCUCUCCUGCGGUGGCAAUCCAGCCCGUUCGUUGACCAGCACCGAGAUUGCCGCCCUCAACCGCAACUCGGCCUUCGACGUGGGCCACACCCUGAUCCACCUGGCCAUUCGUUUUCAUCGCGAGGAGAUGUUACCGAUGCUGCUGGACCAGAUCUCCGGUUCGGGGCCGGGCAUCAAGCGUGUGCCGUCCUACGUGGCUCCCGACUUGGCGGCCGAUAUCCGGCGCCACUUUGCCAAUACCCUGCGCUUGCGCAAGUCCGGUCUACCCUGCCACUAUGUGCAAAAGCACGCCACCUUCGCCCUCCCCGCCGAGAUUGAGGAGCUGCCGAUACCCAUACAGGAGCAGCUCUACGAUGAGCUGCUCGACCGCGACGCGCAGAAACAGCUGGAGACGCCGCCGCCGGCCUUGAAUUGGUCGCUGGAGAUCACUGCUCGCCUGAGCUCACGGAUGUUUGUACUGUGGAACCGCAGUGCUGGCGACUGCCUGCUGGACUCGGCCAUGCAGGCCACCUGGGGCGUCUUCGAUCGUGACAAUAUCCUUAGGCGGGCACUCGCCGACACACUGCACCAGUGCGGGCAUGUGUUCUUUACUCGCUGGAAAGAGUACGAGAUGCUGCAGGCUUCGAUGCUCCACUUUACGCUGGAGGACUCUCAGUUCGAGGAGGACUGGAGUACACUACUGUCAUUGGCCGGCCAACCCGGCUCGUCCCUGGAGCAACUGCACAUCUUUGCGCUGGCGCAUAUCCUUCGUCGGCCGAUUAUCGUUUACGGCGUGAAGUACGUCAAGAGUUUUCGGGGCGAGGACAUUGGAUACGCGCGUUUCGAAGGUGUCUACUUGCCUUUGUUCUGGGAUCAAAACUUUUGCACCAAGUCACCGAUAGCACUGGGCUACACACGUGGCCAUUUCAGCGCCCUGGUGCCGAUGGAGCCAUUCACUCGCAUCGAUGGGCGGCGUGACGAUGUGGAGGACGUAACCUAUCUCCCGCUAAUGGACUGCGAGCUGAAACUUUUGCCCAUACAUUUCCUUACACAGUCGGAGGUUGGCAACGAGGAGUCAAUGAUGCGUCAAUGGCUGGACGUGUGCGUAACUGAUGGAGGCCUACUGGUGGCGCAACAAAAGCUAAGCAAGCGUCCCUUGCUGGUCGCCCAGAUGCUGGAAGAGUGGCUAAAUCACUACCGCCGCAUUGCACAAGUGAUAACGGCGCCUUUCAUUCGUCGCCCUCAAAUCACACAUUACUCCAGUGAUGGCGACUCGGAUGAGGAGUAGAGGAUAUGAUGCGGCACAUCCGUCACCCAGCUUCUGAUUAGGAUGCUGUGCAUAGAAUUCAAUAUCCUUAUUUUGUACUUUUGGCGAUCGUUAGCAGAUUUUUGAGACAGGAAUAACAAGUGCAGAUCCUACACUCUUGCACUCGCAGCUAGCUAAAGGAAACUAUAGAGAAUACAUAUGCAUAUAUGCAAGCAGUUGAAAGUUGUAGUUGUAACUAAAUUGAAAGCAAACUAAAGGUUAAGUAGCAACGUACGAAAAUAGAUUGAUCGACGUAUGUAUAUCAUAUCCGUUCCCAAGUCAACGUUCGUUGAUUUUAGUCAAAUUUAUUCACACUGGGUCGUCGAGGCAAUAUAGACCACAUUUACUACGAAAUUGAAGCUAUACACUGGUAGAUUUAAUUACACUCACAUGUGAAACAAUCCAUUAAAUGAUUACGUGUACGAAAGGCAGAUGCGAAUUUAAGCGGUGGAAUUUGUACACCUAUGUACGCGGUAGUUAAUGUGAAUACCCAAGCUCCGGACUUAAAAUAUUGCAAAUCUCAAUGUACUAUUAAAUUUUAAAUGGGUGGCGAACACACAACAUAAUUAUGCAGCGGGUGAAAAUGAAAGCGUCAUUGAAAUGUUUAUUGAUAGUUUUUAAAACACUUUUUGGAAUUAUUAUGAAUCAUUAUACAUUCAUGCCUAUAAAUAUAAUAUCUAUAAUUAUAUAACAUAUAUAGAAAUCCUAUGGUUCUAGACAGUUGAACAAAGGGC